AAUAAUAGGAUAGCAUUUACCAAAUCAAAAUACCAAAUAUACUAUAAAUAUAAUACAAACUGAUUUAAAAUGGGCACAAAAUGUUGGAUAAGUGGAUUAAAGUAUUAUCUAAAAGUAUAUCUUGUCACACAUCUCUGCAUUCUGCUGGCAUUAACCAAAGCUGAAGAGGUUUCCAAUGCAACGACUGUAAUCGACCCAAGCAGUAUAGGCACGACAUUGGAGCAGUUCAAUAAUAUAAGUUCAACCGAAGAUUCUACGACGCCAAUGCCAAAUAAUUCGACGUAUGAUUCGAGUACUCCUACAUCGACCGGCACAGAAACGCCAGAGGUGAAAGUAUUACAAAAACAAGUUCAACCCACGGACUGUUCACAGCGUGAGAAGUCCAGAAAUCAACCGGUAGCAUCGUCUAGCUCUCGAUUACGAAAAUGCUGUCCACUUGGGGAAAACUUGGACUUUUAUCGGGAAAACCAAAGUGAUUCAAUGUGUGAUAAUGCCGUGCUCAAUUUUGAGCCAACUAUUAUUAGUGCGGUGCUCUAUGACAAUUGUAUAGAGGACUUGGAAAUAACUACGGAGCUGCCCAUCGAAAUUGGCAAUCCAUGUAAUAGUGUUAACUUUUUCAGCUCGUUUCAAUACGAAGAUUCAGAAGAUCUAUUUUUUGUGCUGCAAGAUGGUUCGCUGUUGAUCAUCGACAAGAAUGGCAACGAGUCCUAUACGGUGCAGGAGAACUACUGCCUGGAUCAGGAUAAGUCUGGCCACAUGCUUGCCUUCGUAUGCAUCACACAGGUGGAGGAGGUGUCCAAGGCGAAGAUCAUCAUUGUCGCCAUCAUGAUGCUCAUCAGCAUGCCCUGCCUGCUGCUGGUUAGCUAUUUGCACCUGACGCUGAAGCUGCUGCGCAACCUGCAUGGCUGGUCCUUGGCCCUGAUGUCGCUGUGCUUGGCCUGCGGCUAUUUCGUGCACUCCAUAGUACACAUCUAUGGCAUACCAUCCGGCGGGUUCAUCGGCUACGUUAUACAGUUCUUCAUUCUUAGCUUUUUCUUCUGGUUCUUCUGCAUUUGCUGCAAUGUCUUGUUGAAUAUUUGGUAUAAGCUGCCGCGCUACGUGCAAUUCAACAAGAUGUGGACUAUUGUGAAUUUUGGCGUCUAUUGUGCAUUCGCCAUUGUGGGACCAGCUAUUCUCGUCACGCUGACGGUGCAAAAGGGCUUGCCGGGCAUGCCCUCAUACUUCCAGAAGGGACUCACGGAAUCCAUUAGAGAAUCGCAACGCUAUUUCAUACCACCUGUUUCUACUCUAUUGGGGCUUAGCUUUCUGGCCAUGGUAGUAGCUUUCUUUGGCUUUCAACGCAUCAAAACUGAUGGCUAUUUGCGUGCCAAUGAGGAUGAAAAGAAUAGCAAUAGCCCCAUACGCCAGUUUGAUCAGCAAAAAUACGAGGAUGUUAAAAAAGACGCCAAAUGUGUAGCCUUAUUGGGCAUUAUCAUCAUAUUAGCUUGGCUCUUCGAAAUAGUUACGUUCUACUCGCCUGGCAAUGAAGUUUAUUUACUGCUCUGUGAUAUGAUAAAUGGACUUCAAGGCCUGUGGAUCAUGCUUAUCUUUCUGGUCGUGCGCAGACGUCGCACUAUAAUAUUGCGCUGGUGGUACGAUCGGGGCACGCAUACGAUCAGCGAGGGUACCGAAUUGCAGCCGGUUAACAAACCAUUGAAUCCUACAUAAGAAUUUAGUCAUCUAAUUUGUUUAUUUAUAUAAAUUGUUUAUUGCAUUUCAUAAAGAAAGUUGUUAAUAUUGUGUUUUCUUGCUUGUCGUCACUUUUAUACAUAAAGUGUCAUUAGGUUUAGGGGAUCUUGGAUAAAGAGAGAGUCAGUGUGAUAAAUGUAUCAACUACGAUGUAAUGUAGCCUUUAAGGAUAAAGCAAUUUCGUUACGGUUAUUUUUGUUU